AUACCUUUAAGAAACCUGUUUCCCGAUUGUGGAUUCACCUUUCUAUCUGCAUAUUUCACAAAUUUCUGCUUAAUCUGGUGCUUGCCCACCUCUAUUUUUACUGUUAAUGUGCCGACAAAAUAAGAAAAAGAAAGUCUUUGUGUGCUUUGCUCCUUUGGUUUCUCAAUCUGUUUUCCUGUGUUGGGUUCAUUUGCUUUUGAUACAAAUCGGCUCCCAAAGUUAAAUCGCUUUCUGGGUAUUGAAGAUUUUGCUUUCUUACUACAUAAUUACCUCUAAUUUGGGCCAAUCCUGUACUGAUUCUGGAGUUAUUUCUUGUGAAUUAUUGGAGGCAGCUUUCAAGUUAUCUCUCCUUGUUGUUUUUCUACGUGGUAAUAAUAUAUGGGCUGAGGUGCACAUUUCAUGGGAGGUGUAGAGGAUGAAGAACCAGCCACGAAACGCGUGAAAUUGUCCACUGAAGAAUUGAGAGGUCUUUCUAACGGUUCAUCUCUUAUAGAGCCCGUAUCUGGCUCUUCAAGCGACUUGAUGGCUCGACCCCUGUCAUCUGAAGGGGACGAAGAGGUUGUUGGUUCAAAAGGAGUUAUUAAAAGAGUUGAGUUUGUCCGUAUAAUAGCCAAAGCAUUAUAUUCUCUUGGUUAUAAGAAGAGUGGUGAACGUCUAGAGGAAGAGUCUGGAAUACCCUUACACUCCUCUGUGGUAAAUCUGUUUAUGCAGCAAGUACUUGAUGGUAAUUGGGAUGAAAGUGUUGCCACAUUAAAAAAAAUUGGACUACUAGAUGAAAGCAUUGUUAAAUCAGCCUCUUUUCUUAUUUUGGAGCAGAAGUUUCUUGAACUUUUAAAUGCAGAAAAGGUCAUGGAUGCCUUGAAUACAUUGAGGACUGAGAUAACUCCUCUAUGCAUUAAUGGUACUAGAGUUCGUGAACUUUCUUCCCGUGUAGUUGCCCCUUCACAGUUUGUUCUAGUUGGGUCUCACAGUCAAGACACUGUGAGGGCAAAAUCUAGGUCAAAGCUACUGGAGGAAUUGCAGAAACUGCUUCCCCCAACAGUUAUGAUACCUGAAAGAAGGUUGGAACACUUAGUUGAACAGGCACUUCUUUUGCAACGAGAUGCUUGCCCUUUUCACAACUCUUUGGAUAAGGAAAUGUCAUUGUAUACUGAUCAUCAGUGUGGAAGAGAUCAGAUUCCUUCUCAAACUUUACAGAUAUUACGAGACCACAGCGAUGAAGUCUGGUUCUUGCAGUUUUCACAUAAUGGGAAAUACUUGGCUUCAUCAUCAAAUGAUCGUUCAGUUAUCAUAUGGGAGGUUGAUGUGAAUCGUGGUGUGUCUAUGAAGCAUAGAUUAUGUGGUCAUCAGAAAUCUGUCUGCUCUGUUUCAUGGAGUCCCGAUUGCAAUGAACUCCUUACCUGUGGAGUGGAGGAAGCUGUCAGGCGCUGGGAUGUUUCUUCUGGUGAGUGCCUUCAUAUUUAUGAGAAAGCUGGUGUUGGCCUGGUGUCUUGUGGAUGGUCUCCAGAUGGCAAAUGGAUAUUCUCAGGCGUCAAUGACAAGAGUAUUUGCAUGUGGCACCUAGAUGGGAGAGAGCUGGAGUGUUGGAAAGGGCAAAGAACUCUAAGGAUAUCUGAUUUGGAAAUAACGAGUGAUGGGAAGCAGAUUAUAAGUAUUUGUAAAGAAAAUGCCAUACUAUUACUUGACAGGGAAGCAAAAGUUGAAAGAUAUAUUGAAGAGGAUCAAACAAUAACAUCAUUUUCAUUAUCAAGGGAUAAUAGAUUCUUACUGGUUAAUCUUCUAAAUCAAGAAAUUCAUCUGUGGAACAUUGAAGGUGACCUCAAGCUUGUUGCCAAGUAUAUAGGUCAUAAACGUGCCCGGUUUGUGAUCAGGUCUUGCUUUGGUGGACUUGCACAAGCUUUUAUUGCCAGUGGUAGUGAGGACUCACAGGUUUAUAUUUGGCACAGAGGCUCGGGUGAGCUGAUAGAGGCAUUGCCAGGUCAUUCUGGAGCUGUUAAUUGUGUGAGCUGGAAUCCUGUGAACCCCCACAUGUUGGCAUCAGCCAGUGAUGACCGUACGAUUCGGAUAUGGGGUCUAAAUGAACUAAAUAUGAAGCGCAAGGAUGCUCAUAGCAAUGGCAUCCACUAUUGCAAUGGGGGAACCUGAAAAACAGGCUGAAAGCAUCAUUGUUUGUUAUUUCUUUCUCUGACCAUUGGUUAUGUGUAAAUACUUUAUCAUCGUUGCAGUCAGACAUUCAAGUCAAACUAGCAUAUGAAUUGUGCAACAAGUUUCUGAUAAUAAAUCAACCAUUUCAAUUUUAGCAUUUAAAUAA